CCGAUAGAUCCAACAUCUGCUGAAAGAUAUUCAGAACUCUCUUCUUCUGGUUAUCACCCUCCUUUGUGUCUUCCCCUCUAACUUCCUGGCCCUCUACCCUCCUCCCGAAAUCAUUUGUUCCCUGCAAAUCCUUUGGAUCAGUACAAUCGACCGUUGAUUCAUUCUCUGUGACGUCCCAACCAAGACGCGCCACUUCGAAUCUGCAAGAACAUUUGCCGGUGUACGGGCACUCGCAGGGUAUCAAGCAACUCCGUCGAUAUGUCCAUCGAAGUAGCGGUUGGAUCUCCCCUUGCGGAUGCGCUGCAGAAUGCGGUUCAGCCAAAGCUGGUCGAAGUUGGAUGGACGACCGAUGGACUCGAUGAUUCCGCCCUUUCCGAAUACAUCAUUCUCAUGCUCGCGAACGGCAAGUCUCAGGAUCAAAUCGCAUCAGAGCUAUCGAACGAUUUGCUAGGGCUUGGACCGGAAGACCAAGGCGCGAUCGAUUUCUCCCGGUGGUUGUUCGAGCAAGUCCACCAACUCAGCUUGCAAUUAUCGCAACCCAACGCACCGGAAGCGCAGGUCCCUCCGACGGCAGAUGUUCAGCAAUCAGAGGAUCAGCAGCCGGCAGGCGAAUCAUCUGCUGAUGCGAUGAUGAUGGAUGAAGGGAGUAGUAUGCCAAACAUACCUACCGGACCGAAAGCCAUGCGCGAAGGGAACCAAAAAUCCCGCGACAAGCGAAUGCUGGGCCAUUUAAACAAGGCCAUGGAUCGAACAUCAGAUGCUGCGCUGCAUCGGGUACGGGGUAAUGGCUCCGGCAGCCGCGUCAACUCACAUUCUCGCGAGCCACCGAAAGGUCCACGAAACAGCAAUAUCCGAAACCCUCUCAACGCAAACCCACGGAUGGGCCAGAGCGGUGUUCAGCUUCCAAUGGCCGGCGGUACGAACUUCGCGGAGCAACUCAACACUGGUAUGGGCAUGUCGCCACACCAGCAGAUGGAAUUGUACUCCAUGUUCGAACAACAGGCACGGAUGAUGCAGCAGCUAGCGCAGCAGGUCGGCAAUCCUCCAGGUGGCAACCAAUUCUCCGGAAGAGGGCGAGGCCGAGGGAAGAAUCUCUUCGACCGAGUGGAUCCAAAGCAACGACAUGCGAACGGGAGACCCCAACAUCGAGCUUCUCAGGAUGUCUCGAUGGGAGGCGACGCACAAGCCGAUGGCACCACGCCCAUGGACUCUGCACUGCCGCAGACGAGCCCCCGAGACCCGUCGCAGGUGAUCUGCAAAUUCAACCUGACAUGCACGAAAGCCGACUGCAUUUUCGCCCAUCAGUCUCCUGCCGCCCCCCCUGGGACGACCAUCGACCUCGGCGACGAAUGCCCUCACGGUGCUGCCUGCACCAACCACAAGUGCGUCGGCCGUCACCCCUCUCCCGCCCGCCGCUCCACCUACCAGUCCGACCAAGAGUGCAUCUUCUGGCCCCACUGCACCAAGCCCAACUGCCCCUUCAAACACCCCGACAUGCCCCUCUGCCGCAACGGCGCCGACUGCACCACUCCCAACUGCAAGUUCACCCACAAGUCCGUCAUGUGCCGGUUCAACCCCUGCCUGAACCCGCAGUGCGUCUACAAGCACGUCGACGGUCAGAAGAAGGCGACGUUCGGGGAGCAUGUGUGGAAGGCCGGCGACGCGAAGAAGGAGCAUGUCAGCGAUCGAAAAUUUGUGGCGGACGAGGGAGAGGAGGAGUUGAUCAUCCCGGCAGAGACGCAGCAGACGCCGGAUACCGUCACGGAGGAUACGAUGACUUGAUGAAGGAUGGGCGGGAUGCAAGGGGCCUGGUACCCUUCUGGCAUAGAACCACAGGAGGAUAUGUCAUGAUAUUGGGCUGGCAAUGGAUUGUGGGAAUCGGGUUCUGCUUGUGCUCUUUCGGCAUUCAAGCUAGGGGUCUCUCUGUACAUUAGAUAUCGUGGGAUUUUAUGCCGGAUGAAUUGAAGGUAAUGGCCUUGGUUAAGGCAGUUUCCCUUUGUUAA